AUGCGGACAGAGCCGCAGCGCUGCCGCACACUUGGCCGGUGCGUUCAGCUGCAGGAGCGGAUCUGCCAUCGCUGCCGCAGCACUCCGGGCGCGCACCAGGAGAGGAGCUGCCGGAGCGGAGCCGCAGCAUCGCCGUCUGCGGGCACGGAGGGAGGGUUAAAAAUACCGCCGCUAAUUGACCGCAGCAACAACCCGACCCUUUCGGGGCCGCUGCAGCGGGCGGAGAAUCGCCGUGAGCGCCCCGAGCAGCGGGCGCCAGGUGACCCCGCUCCCCCGCCCCGGAUUCCCCCCGCCCGCCGCGGGUGUCGCAACCGCGCCCGUCCUCAGCCGCGCCCCGCGGGGGGGGCGGCGCGGGGAGCGCGCAGGGAGCGCGCAGGGAACGCGCAGGGAGCGCGCAGGGGCGCGGGCAGNCCGGUGGCGGGCGCGGGGGCGGCGCGGGGCGCGGGCUCCCUGCCCCGCCGGCGCACCAUGUGCAGCGGCGUCGGCUGCUUCUGGGCGCUGCUCUCCGCCGGCCUCCUGGCCGCCUGCGCCGCCGCCUUCCUCUCGCCGGCCUGGCUGCUGCCGCCCGGCCGAGCCGCCGCCGGUUUCGGCUUGCUCUGGCGCUGCGCCGGGCCGCCCCGCGGCUGCCACGGCUCCGCCGGCCCCGGCGGCUUCGGAGACAUCCCCUCCGGUUCCUGGCAGACGAGCGCUGUGCUGUGUGCGGGCGGCUGUGCCCUGCUGGCCCUCAGCUCCCUGCUGGCCAUCGUCGCUGUCGUGCUGCCCGGCGGAGCCUGCGAGCGCCGAGUCUGCACCCUGGCUGGCUACAUGCAGACAGCAGCAGUGUUCAUAAUGGCUUCUGGGCUUUUGGUUUACCCUUUUGGUUUCAACUCUGCUACUGUGAAGAGAUUCUGUGAGAACUCAGACAUCUACUAUGCAGGAGACUGCCAGAUUGGAUGGGGGUACAUGCUGGCAAUUGUUGGGGUCAUGUUGUCUGUCUUUUUACCAUUCUUUGCAAAAUAUGCACCAAAAGAGCACAUAUCUCCAACUCCAAUACCUACUAUUUUAUAGUAUUUUAUUACUGUCUAAGAACAGAACAUUCCUGUCUACACUAAUGGGCAGAAAUUAUUGAAGCACUUCCAGUUGGCUGUGUUGCUAAAGAGAGGAGAGGAGAUGGGGAAGAGAAGGUCAGAUUGACAAAGACUAAAAGUGCAUUGAAAGUCUUCCGUAAGCACGAGCAGCGAACGCUCUGGAAUUGAAAUAGGAUUGAUCAGCAGCCUUUACACUGCUCUAAACAGAUAAUGGCAUACUGCCUUAGACAAAAAAAUAAUCAGUUUAUCCUCAAAACAUCUGUCUACCUCCCAGUUUCUUUUGUGUUUCAAAAUUGUGAGUCUUAAAAGCUUCAAUUCACUUUUGAUAUAUUGUGAAAUGUCAGAACUUUUAUGAACCCAGUAACUUUAAAAUCAAUAAUGAUAUUUUGUUACAAUCAUUUUGAUUAGUGAAAAAGCACCUACUAGUAGCCACAGCCUAAAAUUAAGAUUGAUAGGUUGAAAACUGUAUACAAGAAAAGUUUCUUUUUAAUCUAUAUAUAUUAGCAGCACCUGCAUAUUUUAAAGUUCUGGGCACAGUUUUUACUUCUGCUCUAAUUGCCAAGAUAUAGAGACAUCUUCAUGAAGUCUUGGGUAAAACUGAAAUUUCUUUUUUUUCUGAGAGGUCAACUACUUCCAAAGGCUUCAUGACGAUUUAAUACUUUAACAACAG